GGGGCUGAGCGGCACCUGCGCCCCGCGGGCCGGGCGGCGGCGGCGGCGGCCGGAGGGCGGUGAGGGUGAGUAACUGUUACACUGGAGGAAGGUGUUCCCUGGACAGUCCUGGAGACAGAGCAGCUGAGCCUGAGCAAACUAGGCUGUGACAGGCGUUGCCAGCAAAGAGCAGCUGGUCCCUGUGCCUGGGAAACCCCUUCUGAGCAGCAGAGAUCACGCGCAGCUCCGCUGGCAAGAUUGCCUUGGUACCCUGCCCCUCCGUCCUGCUGCAAUGAGUGGGAAAUCCUUGCUCCUAAAGGUCAUUCUCCUUGGAGAUGGUGGAGUUGGGAAGAGCUCCCUCAUGAAUCGGUACGUCACCAACAAGUUUGACUCGCAGGCGUUCCACACGAUUGGGGUGGAGUUCUUAAACCGGGACCUGGAGGUGGACGGGCGGUUUGUGACCCUCCAGAUUUGGGACACUGCAGGACAGGAGAGGUUCAAGAGCCUGCGGACGCCGUUUUACCGGGGAGCAGACUGCUGCCUGCUGACCUUCAGCGUGGAUGACCGGCAGAGCUUUGAGAACCUCAGUAACUGGCAGAAGGAGUUUAUCUAUUAUGCUGAUGUGAAGAACCCUGAACGCUUCCCAUUUGUAGUCCUGGGCAACAAGAUAGACAAACUGGAGAGACAGGUGAGCACAGAGGAGGCCCGGGCCUGGUGCAUGGAAAAUGGUAACUAUCCGUACCUGGAGACUAGUGCCAAGGAUGACACCAAUGUAACAGUGGCCUUUGAGGAAGCUGUGCGCCAGGUGCUGGCAGUGGAGGAGCAGAUGGAGCACUGCAUGCUGGGCCACACCAUUGACCUGAACUCCAGCUCCAAAUCAGGCUCUUCCUGUUGUUGAGAGUGGCUGCUGCUUUGGGAGCGGCACUCGAGCCAGCAGCUGGAUCAGAACACACCUGGGCAGCCCUGGGGCACUCUGAGGAGAGUGGCCACAAGGACAAGAGGUGCUUUGCUCACUGGGGAGCUGCAGCCUCACCAUCUGAAUCCUGCCUGGAGUUUUCAGGCACAGAGCAUGUAUCUGCAGGAGGGAGCUGUUUACAGAGCAUGUGAGCAUAGUCUUGCUUCCAUCUCUGCCUGUUUUAGCAGGUUUAAAGGGCUGAGUUAAAGUCCUUUAAAUUCCCUAAAGACAAUAGGGAUUUUUUCUGUACCAAGAACUGCCUGCAGAGCAAAGCCGAGAGCAUCCUAGACACUGAAGUAUUUUAGUCCUGAACUAAAAAAAAUUAGACCCACUUAUGACCAUACUGCCAAAGGAAAUCCCACUCAGCAUACUGAACAAAAACUGUCGUAAAGACUGGCCCUUGUGACUGUGAGAAAACCAAAUACUGGAGUGGCUGGGAUGUGUGUCUGUUGUUUGGGAUAAAUGCUUUGUGUCCCAAGGCUGAAUUGUGAUGAGAAUUGUUAGAGUUCUGACCUGAAGCAACAUAUGAAGGAGAGAUGGGCCUGUGACAGCAUUGUUUCUUCAUAGUUGCCUAUUUCUGGUCUGGUUUUCCUCACCUCUAACUUUGUCUUGUGUGAGUGUUAUUUUUUGGAGAGACUGUCUGCUUGUUGUUUAAUACAUGUUUCCUUGUCUCUUGUGGAAGCUCAGCCUUGAAGCCCUGGGUGAAAAACACCAAUGUGGACGCUUGCUGGGUCAUGUCAAAGGGUUACUCAGGAGAUGUGGAGUGUGACACUUCAGCUGGUUUCUGUCACAAUUAAUCACUGAGUUCAGGUGAUGUGCUCUAGCAGACCAGAUGGCAGGGUGGGCUGUCUCCUAGGUGUGCAGGUGGUUGGAGGACUCAUGGAUGGUCAGCUGUUAAACCUUUUCGCUAUCUGGCACCAGUGACCACUGUGCCUCCCUAGCUGGCAGAGCCAUGCCUUCAGUGGAUGUUCCCAUCUGAAUGCUGCAGCAUGGAGCCAUUCACCUGUGGUGUCAGGCACAGUGCUGCUGAGCACAGUUAGCCCAUGCCAUCGGCCUGGCCCUUGAUCCCUCGUGGGAAAUCCAGGAUGUUUUAGCUGUAAUUCCUAUGACAGACUGGUCAAGUGUCUGCUUGGUUAACUGACUGCUGUGUUCAGUCCAGUAGGGAGAAAGCUGCACCACUUUCUCUGUCCAAGGUGGCUGAAAAAUGGACAUGGAGGUCCCAAGGAACAUUCUAAAAGGGAUGCCAGGCUUUGCUCCCACCUUCUGCCCUCUGCGAGGUGUUAGUCCAGGCUGGCUGAGUAGCAGAGAUGAGCUUGCUGACUGCCAUUCAAACCUCCCGUGCAAGCCUUUGGCCAAAGCUGUGACUGCCCACAGGCACGCAGGAGCCUGCCCUGAGCACGUAUCUGCUGGCUGCCAGCUGUGAUUCCCACUGUGAUCAGCUGCUGGAUAGUAAAUUUUGUAGCUCAAAUCAAACAACCCUCCCUUAAGCUGUGCUUUAGAGCACAGCAGUCUCUGCCCUGUGCUGCUGGCUUGUCCCCAUCAGAGCACAGUCUCUGAGCAUGCAGAGCAUGAGCAUUCCCCCAUUUCCCCUGGGGUAACCCAGGGAGAUCUUACCCUUCUCUGCAGGGCAACCAUGGGUGGAAGGGACUGGAGUAUUAAUGCUUUAGUUAGGAGGAUCUAAUUUCUGAACAGGCCUGAACAGUUGUAUUCAUGGGGUGUGAAUGCAAUCUAGACAGCUCUUACAGUCUCUGGAAAAACAGGUCCCUUAAGGAGAAGGUUCUGCCUCUGUAGGUGAAAGAGAUUUUUACAGGAUAUUAUUGUUACUGUUUAUUUAACUAUGUCUGACCUCCUGAGGCCUCUAGAUUUUUCUUCAUUAGUGCUGCUUGAUAUUUCCUUCAAGGUCCCAGGCUCUGUGACCUGUGGUUCCAGUUUCCAUCCCUGAACAGCCUCAUUCCCUGGAGCUGGUUUGCACAGGGACUCAGGGUCAGAAGGGACUCAAGCCCCUGUGUGCUGGCUGGCCCUGCCAGGGGGUGCUGCUGAGGGAGCUCCCUGCAGGUGAACCUGCCACUUCCCCAUGGAUCUUCUGGGAUCUGUGUGAGGAGUGGCACCUCCUGUGGAAGAGGGCACAGAUUCAGCAUGCCACGGUGCAGGAGGCACAUGUGCAACUGUUUGCAGCACUCUGUGCGUGUCAAUGCUGGUAGCUAAAGCUCAAGAGCCUCGUUGUGCACGUGUUACACAGCACCUUUUAUUUCUAACAGACAUUGGAUCAUUGACUUUUUUAUAUUAAAACACUCCUAUUAUAUUAGGCUUGUGUGGAUUUUUCCUUUAAAAGAUAGAGUAUAGUAUAUUUCAAUUGUUUAACUUAUUUUAAAUGAAACGCACAAUUCCCAAAGGAGGCAGGUUUUUGAAUUCUGUUGCAAGUUCAGUGCCAACAGCCAUCCCUUCCCCCGUGUCCACUCGUGCUGCUGCGGUUGUCGCUAUUGCUACAGAACUGGAAUUGUAAAAACAAAAUUCUACCUUCAUUUAAGCAAAUAAAACAUGGAUGUAU